ACUUAUGGCAACUCUUAGGUGAAUCUUUGUUGUUGUGUGCCUUUAAGUCAUUUCCUGCUUACAGCAACCCUUAGGCGACCCUAUAAUGGGGCUUUCUUGGCAACCAAUUAGUCGCUUCUUAGCAACUGCUGAUACCAUGAGUGUGGGCUUCAUUGGUGCCGGGCAGCUGGCCUUCUCCCUGGCUCGGGGUUUUACCGCAGCAGGGAUCUUAGCUGCUCACAAGAUUACAGCAAGUGCACCCGACACUGAUCUUCCAACAGUAUCAGGGCUGAGGAAAAUAGGUGUGAAUUUUACCCUAAGCAACAAAGAGACGGUUAAAAACAGCGAUGUUCUGUUCCUGGCAGUGAAACCUCCCAUAAUUCCAUUCAUCUUGGAUGAGAUUGGCUCAGACAUAGAAGAUCGGCACAUUGUGGUCUCGUGUGCUGCUGGAGUUACGAUCAGCUCUAUUGAGAAGAAACUCUCUGCCUUCUGCCCCACCCCAAAAGUCAUCAGAUGCAUGACCAACACACCAGUGAUUGUACGGGAAGGAGCCACAGUCUAUGCCACAGGAACGCAUGCCGAUGUGGAAGAUGGAAAGCUCUUAGAACAGCUGAUGGCCAGUGUGGGCUUUUGCACCGAGGUGGAGGAAGACUUGAUAGAUGCUGUUACUGGACUCAGUGGAAGUGGGCCUGCUUAUGCAUUCACAGCCCUGGAUGCCCUGGCAGAUGGAGGGGUGAAGAUGGGCCUUCCUCGCAGACUGGCUGUACGGCUGGGAGCCCAGGCAUUGCUGGGAGCUGCCAAGAUGCUGUUGGAAUCAGAGCAGCAUCCAGGACAACUGAAGGACAACGUCUGCUCCCCAGGGGGUGCUACCAUCUAUGCCCUGCACUUCCUGGAGAGUGGGGGUUUCCGCUCACUCCUCAUCAAUGCAGUGGAGGCAUCCUGCAUCAGGACAAGGGAGCUGCAGUGUUUGGCUGACCAGGAGACGGUUUCCCCUGCUGCCAUUAAGAAGACCUUAAUGGAUAAAGUGAAGCUAGAGUCUUCCUCUGCCAACAAGGUCAGCCUAUUCAACAACAAGAAUCCUGGGAACAAGAAGUACUGAGGAGACCCAGCCGUGGCUUGGUCACACUUUUCUUUUUCUUUCAAGGGAAUCUGUAGGUCACGCCAUUUGGGGGAGGGAGGGAGGAAUAUCCUGGACUCAAAGGGACUUCUAGCUUCCUGAGAAUAGUGGUAAGAUCAGCAAUGUGCAGGGGCUGGAGGUGGAGCACAAUAAUCAGACCUUUCUCCUGAGUGGGCAGAUCUUCUGAACCUCACAGGUGCUCUUCUGCAGCUGUUUCAGGGCUAUUAUGUACUACUCUUUAUCCUGAUUUUCCUCUGGAGAGGUCCUUUGUUAUAAAUCCUCACAACAGCCUUGUGGGAUAGCUUAACCCUGGAAGACAAUGGUUGGCCCAGGUUACUUUGUGAUUAAGCAGGGAUCUGAACCUACAUACUAUUCUCAGGCAGUGCCAAUUUCCUGUGAUUUUUUUUUAUCACAUCAGAGGCUGAAGCCCAAGCAGGGUCUUUGAGUCACAAAUUCUGUUUUCAUUGGAGAGUGGUUACUAUCCAGUCUGCAGGACAUUCUGGAUUUGUGUAGUGGGUGAGCAGAGCUUGAAACUGUUUGAAUUAACAAAUUAACAGCAAAUUGGAAAAUGAUUUGUUAGUGUUAUUGGUGGGGUUGUUAUACAGGUUGAAUCUCCCUUAUCUGAAAUCUUGGGACCAGAAGUGUUUUGGAUUUCUGAGCUUUUCAAAUUUUGGAAUAUUUACAUAAACAUAAUGUAUCUCGGAGAUGGGACCCAAGUGUAAA